AUUGUCCCAGAGUUGGAAUUUAAUUCGCAUGAUGCAUCAUCUGUGGGCGAGAACCGGUCCCGUAACAAAGAGAAUGAUUUUUUUGAAUUUAACACGUUCGUACACAAACGGUCGGUUCGCAAACAAAUCGGCUAAUCUGAUUAGAAAAGAAUUUAUAGAUUAUUUUACCGACCUGAAGCACAAUGUCAUUCGUUCUAGUCCUGUAUCGCCGGUUAACGAUCGGUCUCUUGCGUUUGUCAACGCCGGCAUGAAUCAAUUCAAGGGGAUUUUCUUAGAUUAUUACGAGCCACCCGCAACAAAAGUUACAAACUCGCAAAAGUGUGUCAGGGUGGGUGGAAAACACAACGAUCUAAGUGUUGUUGGUAAUGACAGUUAUCAUCACACGUUUUUUGAAAUGCUUGGAAACUGGUCGUUUGGAGAUUAUUUCAAGGAAGAGGCUUGCUCAUAUGCCUGGAAUCUUCUGACAAAUGUGUACAAUAUACCCAAGGAAUAUCUGUACGUAACAUAUUUUGGUGGUAAUGAAGAACUAGGCCUGGCUCCGGAUCUCGAGUGCAAAGAUAUCUGGCUGAGACUGGGUCUUUCAGAAUGCAAAAUUCUACCUUUUGAUAUGCGAGACAAUUUUUGGGAAAUGGGUGCGUCGGGACCUUGCGGACCUUGCACAGAAAUACACGUGGACUAUGUAAAACGAUCUUCCAAUCAAGCUGAUCGAGUGAAUAAAGGACAUGACGAUCUUAUGGAGUUGUGGAAUAUAGUUUUUAUACAAUACGAAAGACUUGCGAAUGGAUGUAUAGUACCUUUACCAAAACAUCAUGUUGACACGGGCAUGGGACUCGAGCGACUAGUUACUUUGUUGCAAGGAAAAAGAUCAAAUUACGAUACGGAUCUUUUUCAGCCGUUGUUCAAAGCAAUACAAAAUUACUCGAAGGCGCCGGAAUACAGAGGAACGUACGGCAAUGACGAUGUCGGCAAAAUUGACUACGGCUACAGGAUCUUAGCGGAUCAUGCGAGAAUGAUAACCGUCGCGCUAGCUGAUAACAUGUUACCCGAGCAAAAUCCAAAACUGCGAAGAAUAUUACGAAGCGCGAUAGACGUAGGCGAAGAGAUUUUCAAGAAAAGUGGAAUUGUCGCCGAGCUUGCUCGCAAUGUGGCUGAUAACUUGAACGCAGCUUAUCCAGAAUUGCACAGUAAUUUAAAACAAGUACAAAGGAUAAUAAACUUUGAGGAAGAUCUCUUGAAGAGAUUGCGAAAUACUUGCGGUAAAACGUGGAAGAACAUGGUGAAAACUCGGCCCGAACUGGCAUCGGUCACUGAGUGGAUGGCUCCCGGUUUAGUAGACGGCUACAAAUAUCUACAGUCCAUGAUGAAAGACUUGCGUAAAACCGAUGCGUUACCCGGAACAGUCGCGUUUAAUCUGUACAAAACGUACGGCCUGAAUCCGGAAACUAUAACAGAGUUAGCGCAAAUCGAAUCGUUGCAUUUUGACGAAACCGACUUCGAAAAGCACCUUGAUAACCACAGAUAUCAGAUGAGAAUAGGAUUAGACAGAUAUAGCAACGUGCUCACUAAGGAAUCCUUGAGAAUACUCAAAGAAAAUAACGUACCUAAGACAGACGAUUCGUUCAAGUACAAUUACACGUACGACGGAAAUGACUAUGAAUUCCCAACGCUCAACAGCAAACUUGUUGGCAUCAUUUUUAACGGAAAAAUAAUUGCAAGUAAAAAUAAUAUCAAUGUUACAAAACUUGAUGACGCAACGUCCUUGGACGUUGGCGAGAUAUUGAAUAGUACGGAUGACAUCGGUAUUAUACUGGACAGGACGAUAUGUUACUCGUUAGAAGGUGGUCAAGUUUCGGACAAAGGGAAUAUUUGUAUCAGGAAUUUGCAUUUCAUUGUAGACAGUGUCAGAAAAGUUGACGGCUAUGUGAUACAUUGUGGACGUUUUGUCAAAACAGAUGUACCGACGUCAGAACUGCGGUUGCAACUGGAAGACGAUUGCUCAGUAACCAUAGAACCAAAUUCGCGCGUUGGAGCUAUGAAACAUCACACAGCGGCACAUUUGUUGAACGCGGCCGUAAAACAAGUUACGGAAGCGGCUUAUCAACGUGGGUGCGCGGUGAACUCGGACAGUUUGAAAUUGAUCUUCAAUUCGUUCGGUCAACAAUUUGCAACGAAAGAAAUAAGAACGAUAGAAGAUCGCAUUAAUAACGUCAUACAAUCUCAAGCCGCGGUAACUGUACGAAAUUUAAAUUCGCUCGAGCUGUUAAAUCAAGAUAACGUUACGUUACUGCCUGGGGAACUAUAUCCUUACACGGGCAUCAGAGUCAUAGAAAUUAACUCUGAUGAUUUGCAGGCGAAAGAACCAUGUUGCGGUACGCACGUUCACAAUACGGGAGUGUUGCAACAGUUUUGGGUUUCGACGUGUACCUUGAAGGGAGCUACAAGAUACACGGUCAAUGCCGUUGUUGGACCAAAGGCUGUACGCAUGAAACGAGCCAGUGACAAGGUGUGGAACAGAAUUGCGGAGCUGGAAGAUAUGUCGCGAAAUGGCAAGAUAACGUACGAGUUCUUGGACGCGGAAAUAAGUCGAAUGAAGGAAGAGAUCAGGAACGAGAACGCGGAGAUACCAUUACCUUGCACGAUUAAGGAGAAGUACCUGACGCACUUGGACGCUAUGAACAAAGCGGCGAGGGUACGAGAAAAAGAAACGGAAAAAGCUUCUAUAGUUAAUGACAUCGCUAAUACUGCCGCUAAUUCGUCAUCCGGUUUUAUUGUGCACUGGCUGGACAAGAAUCCCACCUAUAUGUCGCUGCACGAAAUUGUAUCUCUUUUUCCCGAGACGCCGAUAUUAAUUCUGUGUGCCACCGAUCAAUUCGUGAGAGCAAGAUGUUCCGUGCCGCAGGAAAUUGCCUCGAGCGAAUUCAACGCGCAGAUCUGGAUGGAUAUUGUUCUUCGGAUCUUCAACGCGAAGCACGGACCGAUCAAAGGAUUCAAACCGAUGUUGGUUGCAAGUAUGAAAGCUGUGGAAUCGCCGAGGGAUUUUCAGAUACUCGUGGAAAAAGCACUCGGUGAAGCUACCAAAUUUGCGUCCGCGCGUGCAAAACAAGUCCGGCAAGUUGUCGAUAACAAGAAUCAGUGAGAGAGACGCUGUAACUCUUACAAGAGACUCCAUUCGUGCAAGGAUAAUUAU